AUGAUGAAAUUGUCAUGCUGUGGUGUGGGGCUGUGUGUUGUGGUGAUGAUGACGAUGGUGCUAGGUGAAGAAGCAAGGAUGACAGAGGCAGUGACAUGCAGCCCAUUGGAGUUGAGCUCAUGCUUGGAACCAAUUAGGUCUGGGACACCUCCUUCAACCACAUGCUGCCAGAAACUGAGGGAGCAGAAGCCUUGCCUUUGUGGAUAUCUCAAGGACCCAGCCCUCAAGCAAUAUGUCAGCAGCCCCACCGCCAGAAAAGUUGCUACCGCCUGUGGUGUUCCCUUCCCUCAAUGCUAA